GAAAGUGUACCAAUGCCGGAGGAUAAGGCCAUCAACCUCGUCCUCGUUCCCACCCCUAAUCUCCUAUAUCCUCUCUGAAUUACCCACAUUGUGAUUGAGAAAUACAAACUUCUCUUAUUCCUAGAUAAUGUUUACAAACUGAAAGAAAAUAUGACUUGAAAAAUUAAUUAAGGGUAGUAGUCACUAUCCUCGUGUCCCUCCUUACUGUGUGAAUGAUUGUGGGUCAUUUCCAUUCUCCAAUCAGCACUUGCAGUGACAGCCCAUUUACUUGAAGCACUAUAAUAUAUCUCUCAUUUUCAUAAGAACUAAAAAGGGGUCCAUUUGAAGUUUGGAUUGGAUUAGGCUUUAUUCUAAACUCUUUUGAGGGGAUGAAAAAGCAAACUCGGAUUGUCAAGUAACUGGGUCGUUAAUUCUGUUAUCGCACUCACAUAUUAGAGUUCACAACAGGUGUUGAAACUCACCACCCUUCAAGUUCAUUUCUGAUCUGGUUGCUUCAAUUUUAGGGUUCAGGGGAAUCAGUUUUGAAGUUCUUGCUUGAAUUCAUAUUCAGGGUGGAGGUUGGACAUGAAUCACUCUGGGGCCACAAGUGAUAACGGGGGAGCUGUUGAAAUUACUAAAGACAAGAACGGGAUAGGCCUAGUGGUUCUUCGGAACCAUCGAGGAGCUUCAGCAAGGGUUAGCUUGCACGGAGGCCAGGUUCUUUCAUGGAAAAGGGAACGUGGCGAGGAGCUAUUGUUUACUAGUAGUAAGGCAAUAAUUAAUCCUCUCAAACCAUUACGAGGAGGAAUUGCGAUCUGUUUCCCUGAGUUUGGAAACCGUGGAUCACUAGAGCAUCACGGAUUUGUCAGGAACAAGAUUUGGGUUAUUGAUCAAGAUCCUCCCCCGUUUCCAAGUGAUUCCAGUGAAAAGGCCUAUAUUGACUUGCUGCUCAAACCAUCCGAAGAUGAUCUGAAGAUAUGGCCCCAUAGCUUCGAGCUUCGCUUAAGGGUGUCUUUGGCAGGAGAUGGUUAUCUAACUAUGAUUUCGCGCAUCAGGAAUAUCAACAGCAAGCCUUUCAGUUUCUCCUUUGCGUAUCAUACAUAUUUCUCUAUCUCUGAUAUCAGCGAAGUGAGGGUGGAAGGGUUAGAAACUCUUGAUUACCUCGACAACCUACACAACAAAGAGCUCUUCACAGAACAAGGAGAUGCUUUGACAUUUGAGUCGGAGGUGGAUCGGGUCUAUCUUGACUCUGGCAAUGGCGUAGCUGUUCUAGACCAUGAAAGGAAGCGAACAUUUGAGAUACGAAAGGAAGGACUUCCAGAUGUUGUUGUUUGGAAUCCUUGGGAGAAAAAAUCCAAGUCGAUAGCGGAUUUGGGGGAUGAAGAGUACAAGCACAUGCUUUGCGUUGAUGGUGCAGCAAUAGAAAAACCAGUCAUGUUGAAGCCAGGUGAAGAAUGGACAGGCCACUUGGAGCUCUCUGUCGUCCCUUUCACUUGAUAUGAAAUUACUUCAAUAUGCCGAUUUUAAGCAAAUAAACUGUGAUCAAACUUAGGUCUAAUAAAUUCAAUGUCUCUUGUUCUGUUAUUGUUGGAAAUUUUACUUGAGUAAUAUUCAAAAUAUAAAAGAUAUCACAU